GCUUGAGAAUGGUGAGCAAAAAGCGCCCAAGGUCAGUGAGGAAGGCACGUGCUACUGCUUUAGCCAUACAGGAGAAGACAUAUUCAAAGACUCCACAUACAAUGAUCUUCUCACGACCAGGAGUCGGUAGUUUGGUUAAACAGCUGGCUCUUGAUGUUAGAGAGGUUUUUGAACCGUUUACUGCAAGCCGUCUACGCGUAACGCGUCAAAAUGUUCUCAAAGAUUUCAUUAAUAUAGCUGGUCCAUUAAAUGUUACACAUUUGUUGUAUUUAACACAUCCUCAUGAAGAGAAACGUGCUCAGAAACAUGCACGUAGAUUAGCUAAAGCCUCUGCGAAACAGUUGACGAAUGAUGAUAAAAGUCGGAACAUGGACACGAUGGAAGAAAAUAUGAUUCCUGUUAAUAAAGCAGGUGAUGGUGGUGUUUAUUUGCAUAUGAUUCGUGUUCCCCAUGGACCUAGUCUCACUUUCCGUGUUUCUGAGUAUAGCUUAAAACGAGAUGUAUUGACUUUGGUUCGUCGAGUUUUUGACUGCCGUCAGUACAGCACUCCACCGUUAUUAGUAAUGACAGGGUUUGGUUUGGGUGGUUCUAAUACAACUACAUCAGCUCCACAACCUCAUUUACGAUUGGUCGUUGAUAUGUUUCAGAAUUUGUUGCCUCCAUUAAAUGUUCCAAAGCUCAAGCUUAGCACUGUUAAACGUGUUUUGCUAGUCAGUCGGGAAGUUGACGCUACUAUCCAUAAUGGUGAUGAUGAGAAUUCAAAGCAGUUGAGCGAUGUUAUAUACAUUCGACACUUUCAUAUUCGAACAGAAAACCGAUGUAUAAGUCGCGCACUACGACGUCUUGGAAUGGGUGGUGUGAAGCUAAAACGCAGACGUCUGACUGACUUUGAUUCAAAUUAUGGUAUUGGUCCAAGCGGUUCGGGAAAGUCUACUGGUGUACCGAAUCUCGCUAAAUAUUCAUCGAUGGAUGACUUCUUGACCAAAACUGGAUUAUUGUCAGAUUCAGCUCUAUCAGAUAUCUUAUCAGAUAUGGAGGAAGUCGACGUGGUUCCAGAUGUCAACUUACCUUCGUCAGGGUUCGCUAACAGUGACACUCUACAGUCCUUAUCAGGUUCGCGAAAACGUAAACGUGAUCGCAAUGCUGCUCCAGUCCAUGGAUUAAAACAUCUUGGUACAGCUAAGAAAGCCACGCUUCGUCUGACUGAAAUUGGACCACGUUUAACAUUGAAUCUAAUAAAGAUAGAGGAAGGUGUAAAUACCGGUACUGUUUUAUAUCAUCGUUGGCAAAAACGUUCAGUAACGGAAUUGGCUAUUCAAUCUGAGCGUCUACGACAACGUGAAGCUCUUCGAGCUAAGCGUCGCGCCGAACAUGAAGCUCGGCGUUUAGUAAAUGAAACCAAUCGUGAAGCUCAUCGUAUUGCUUGUCUUGAAGGUAUGAAACGUGCUGGUCACUUACCUUCGGGUGAAGAACAGUUACCUGAGGAAAUUAGUGAUGAGAAGAAUAUGAGAAAUGACGAUACGAAAACUGUCAAAUUCCAGUUGGAGGAACUACCAAAAACUAAGAAAAAUUUAAAACUUAACCACAAGUCAAUUACUGAACCAAAGAAGUCAGUAGUCAAAAAGGGAUUCAAAAGUAAUGUAGUAAUAAGAAAAAAAGAGAAGAAAUUGCAAUGACUGUGUAAUUAUUCUGUAUAACGAACUUAUAUUUGUUCCCAAAAUUGUAAAUAUUUGGUUCGUCGGCGCUUCAUUUUCAUAUAUAUACCAACAAUAUCUUUUGAUUUAAUCCCUUUGAACUGCUAUGCAUAUUUUAUAUUCUUACCGAAUAAAACUUAUAGUGAAGUGGAUAUGUAUAGAGGAAAUAAUGUUGGAGGGAAUAAACUCUGGUCCUUCUUAUACUGACUGCUGUUAUGGAAUCUGGUGAUCUUCUGUAUGGAGUAUGUAGC